AUAAAACUAGUUAGUAGCUUUUCAUGGCGCUAUCAGUAAAUGAUACAACUUUAAGUCAUCCACGUAAUAAAAUCAAUCCAUACGGCAGCGGACCCGGCGAUUCGGUGCGCUCCUACACACUGCAACUUGCACACGAUCAAAGCUCGACCUUUGCACGAAACAUUGAAAAUUUCAUAUCAUGCACUAAAGAAUCUCGUGAAGCUGCACCACAAGUGGUGAUGCGUAAUAUGCGUCAAUUUAUGAAUGGCAUGAAAAACUAUUUGGUCAAACAUGGUGAAGGUAAAUUUCAUCAAGAAGUGGAAACAGCACGCUCACGUCUUAAAUCAGAUGAAUUUCUCAAUCUGGAUGCCAUACUUGAGACUGUGAUGCAUCAAUUAGUGGUGUUGCCAUUGCGUGAACAUCUCUACGGCAUGUUUGUCGAUUACUACACACGAUCCGAAGAUAUACAAUUACUGGCACAAAAUGUCAAAUAUGCCUGUGGACGUUGUGCCACUGAUUUCGGCAUACGCUCCUCUGUUGCACCACCCUCAUCAACUUCACUGCAAAUCAUAUCGAGUUUGUUGUUACGCUUGCAGGAAGCUGAAUUGCCAUUAGAUAAAUUGGAUCUGUUUUUAUGUGUGAUAUCAACGAUAUUCGAUGCAACAGGUUGUCCACGUGGUCAGCAAUUGGGUGCGGAUGAUUUCUUGCCAGUUUUGGUAUAUGUUGUGGCUAAAUGUGGUUUUGUGGGCGCUGAGAUUGAGGCUGAAUUCAUGUGGGGUCUAUUACAGCCAACAUUACUGAAUGGCGAACCGGGCUAUUACUUAACAGCACUGUGCAGUGCAGUACAUGUACUGAAGAGUUUUAUGGCAUCGGAAAAUGAAAGCGGCUCUGGAUCAUUAGAUUGGCGUUCUUCUUCUUUGCCCGCCUGUUCUUCUGUACUGCGUGUCAUCAUUCCGGAUGAAUGCAAUGGCUCUCUACAAACUCGCACACUGCCGGUACGUCCGCAUACAACAACCCGUGAAGUCUGUCGCAUAAUUGCACACAAGGCACGGAUUACAAAUCCUCAAGACUAUGCGCUCUUCAAGUUGGUCAACGGUGAAGAGACCUUGCUCAGUGAUAUUGAAUGUCCACAGGAUAUACGUUUAGCUGCCAAAGGCAAACACUGUAUGUUGGCCUACAAGCGCAUCGAUGCUAAAAUCGCUUGGCCCACAGCGACACAGUAAAGCUAAAGCUGAUUCAUUUAUAUUAUAAUUAUAAUUAAAAUUAAAAAAUAAUAAUUAUUAAAUAAGAAAUAUGUAUUUUUUAGCAUAUAAGCAAAACUCAAUCAUGACUCGAAGUUUUACUGAAUUUUGAAAUGAAUAUUUAAUAUUACUUUAAUAUAUACAUACAUAUAUCAUUUUUGCUCAUUAACAUUAAUCCACAUUAAUUUUUAAUAACAUUAAAUUUAUAUUUAAAAUGCAUUAAAUGUAUACUAAACAGUA